AUGAGCGCCCAAGCAGCUGCCGAGACGCAGCCGAAUGGUGUUGUAAGACCGCAGGGGGCAGAGCGGAUGUAUGGCUCUAUGGAACAAGCAACUGUUUCUGGGGCGGUGACUGCUCAGCUUCAGACGGCGGACAGCGCGAAUGGUGAGGUUCAAGUCCGUGUGCAAACAAGAGAGGCUGGCUCGUUGCAAAAUGAUGAUGAUGAUGCAGCAAAGCUGGCUGGAGGUGAGACUGCGGAUGUCACCGAAGAUAUGCAAGUGGAUGCUGUGGGAAGUUCUACUGUGACUGGACUUGCUGCUCAGGAGACGCAGACUGGCGAGCAAAUCAGAUUACCAUACACCAAGAUCAAGUAUGGGCUCGCAGAUUCCUGGUGUGGGAGCUGUGAGAACUGGGACUCAGGGGCCGUGGCCAGGUUGCAAGGACAGUUUCGGAUGGCGCCACAUGGAGGAGGUGUACGUCAAGAUGGUGCACUGGACGGCAUCGAGCUAUUAGUGGAGAUGUACCUAGGUAUGAACCUAGUCAUGGUGUACCUGUUGAUGAGUACUACCACUGCGGCCAAGCAGCCAACUCUGCCAGUACCGCCUGUUGUGGGCCCUGGAGUAGACUCUGAGGUCAAGACCAGUGGGGUGCCUCUCAGGGGUCAUGAAGGCAUUGGAGUCAUCGAGGCCUUAGCGCAGAGCAUGAGGCAGAUUCAGGAGCUCCAAGUCCAGGCCAUGACCAAGGAUGGAGGAGAUGCUGAAUCUCCGGAGGCCGUGAAGACUGCAGUGACGACCUUGCCAGGAUUGGGAGUACCUGAGGGAGAUCAAUGCGGGCUUCAGUUUCAGGACUGGGUGAUACAGGUUACCACAGCUAUGCAGGAUCUCUCUACCAGCUCAGGUACAUGGUGGGAGCAAGUAAAGGCAAAGGUUGUUGUCGCUUACUCAAGAUGGUUGGCUGCAGCACCUCUGGAAAGACUGAGUAUUGAGCCGGAUGGGACGGGAGAGCUGGUUUCGGGAAGAUAUUUGAGGAUCAAUGCUAGGUCUUGCGCAAUGGUGAUUCAAGCAGUCCCUGAGGCUAUCAAGACUGACCUUAUCUCCCGAAGAGCCACGCAGAGUAUGCCAAUGUUACUGUUCAGGCUUUACACUUUGUAUCAACCAGGGGGUGCAGGCGAGCGUGCAAUCAUAUUGCAGCGUCUACAAGGUGGCGAGAGAUCAACAACCACGGAGGAUUGUCUGCGUCAGCUUAGGUCGUGGCCAAGGUGGGUGCAAAGGUGUCAAGACAUGGGAAUGGCAGUUCCGGAUGGUACAGUGUUGGCUCGUGGGCUGACAAACCUCACCCAAGGAGCCAUUCACCAGUCUCCAGAUGCCCUUUUCCGAACUCAGCUGGUCAGAGCAACUCUUCGUAUAGAUCAACAACCUGCGCUGUCGGAUGUGAUGAAGUAUCAACAGCACUUACAAGCUGAAAUCGAGAACAUCUCAACCUUGGGGGCGUGCAAGUACUUCAUCAAGGCCGGUGGUUGCAGAAGAGGGCUAAAAAGUGCUUGGUGUGCGGUGCAGAAGAUCAUCGUCAACGCGAUUGCCCAACCAAGGCGUGGUGGAAGCACGGGUGAGCCUGAGUCAGAGACCUCGCCCAAGUCAGUGGCAAGCAUAGAACCUGCGCAAGGGCAGCCGGUGCUGUCAUGGGAAGCUUUACUUCAAGCCGCUGCUAAAGUGGCCGGGGUGCCUCCUGAAGCAAAGGCUCCAUCCCUGAGGGUCCUCUCAAUCCAUGGUUUUCCAGAAGAUGAUGUUCGUGGAGGAGGAGCAUACGCGUUGGUGGACUCCGGGGCCACGCAUCCACUACGGCGGGCGACAACCCAGCAGGAGUGGAAUGCGGCUUCUACGGUGGUUGUUCACCUAGCCGGUGGUGAAGUCGUUGAGCUCAAAAUGAAUGCAGCGGGUACCUUGCUGGUACCAUGUGCAGGGACAACAAGGACAACAAGCACUGCGCCAAUCGUACCGUUGGGUUCCUUGGUUGGAAUUCUGGGCUAUAGUAUGGAGUGGCAUGGUUCAAGAUGUCGUCUGGUGGGUCGUGAUGGAGAGAUUUUGAACUUGAGAGUUCGAGAUGGCUGUCCCGAGAUUACAGAGCGGCAGGCACUGGAUCUGAUUUCAAGGAUUGAGGACAAGAAGCUGGAAGAUUUGAAGACGGCAACGGUGUCUACAAAGAGUAAGAUCCGGGAAUCGGUGAUGGCUUUGAACCGAACAUGGUUUGACCAUUUGGUUUCAUACUGCAGAUCUGGGAUUGGUGCUGAAGCGCAAUAUGCUGUCCGGGAUGCGCCUUUCUUUGAUGAAGUUCCAAAGGAAGCGCUGUAUGGCCUGUCAGAGGCGGAUCCAAUCAGCAAUGGAUGGGAGGCCCUCAAGGGAUUUAAGCAUCUGAACCGACGUACCAGGAAGAAGCUGUGGGUCUCCAGAAACUGGGUUCUUCAUCUAUAUGCAGGAAAGCCGCCGAAUGAGGAGAUUCUGUUCCUUGAGCGACAGGGGUUUGCAGUGCUGGAGUUGGACUUACAGAGAGGUCUGGAAGGAUCGCGUCAGUUGUGGGAGGAAUACUUGUAUGGUGGUUGGUAUGGUCAAGCACCAAAGGAGCUGGAGUUGGUGAAUCGGCACACAAGCUUAUUUGUGAAGAUGAUCUACAUACAUGCUCUUGCAACAGCCGGAAGGUGUGUGUAUCCACCGGAGCCGAAUGACGUCAAGGAAGUGGGUUUCAUGCUGGAGCAACCAAGGGACCCAAGAACUUAUUUAUCCUUUUCGCACCCGCUCGUCGAGGACUCAGUGAGUUUCUGGAGGACAGGUUUGUGGAUUCAGUACGCCGAGGAAGCAGGUUUGACAACGUACAGCUUUGAUAUGUCUUCGCUUGGUAAAGCACUGGCUCGCCAUACCACAGUUGGUACCAAUCUUCCGCUUAGGCAUCUUCAUGGACUACGUGGACGGAUUCAACGUGAUGCACAACCACCGGUGAAGGCUCCGCCAUCAGUUUGGACAAAGGAGUUUUCGGAAACAGUAUCAAUUGCGAUUCGAGAGCAGCGAGUUUCCCCACGGAUGUUGAAAAUGUCAGCAGAGCAAUGGAAGGAGCAUGUUCGUCGGGGACAUCUGCCCUUUAGGUCCGACUGCACAACUUGCGUGACGGCAGGAGCUACCGGAAGGAGACAUGCCAGGGUUGAGCACCCGUCGUGCUUUGUUCUGUCUGCAGAUGUAAGUGGUCCGUUGAAGAUUCCGGGACUUGAUGCAGAUGCGCGUGGAGCAUUUCCGAAGCCUCACAAGUAUAUGUUCGUUGCCAAGUUGAAGGUUCCAAAAACGUUCUUGGAUGAUGGAAGAGGGGUUUGUGUUGACUAUGACCCGGGGGAGCUGGAAGCUGAUGUAGAGCCAGGAGAGGAUGCCUUUGACUACGUUGAGCCUCUAGUUGAGCAUGCUCCUGGUGAAGGUCAUGGAGAUGGGGGUCCUGAGCAUCAAGAAGACCAACCAGACGAUGAUGGUCAAGAAGACGGCGAGGAAGAUGAUCAGCCUGGACAAAAGGUGAGUCCGGAGGAGGAACUUGAUAUGACGGGUCCAGAUACAGUGAGCCUGAUCUUUGCAACUGCCAUGCAAGACAACAAAGGUGCUACAGUUUUGGAGGCAAUACAGGAUGUGGUUAUGUACUGCUGGUCCUUGAAUAUACCAAUUGUAAGAUUUCACUGUGAUCGUGGAAUGGAGUUUUACGCCAAGAACUUUGUUGAUUGGUGCAAAGCUUCCUCAGCGUCUUUGGCCACAAGCAAUUUCAAUGGCAGCUUCAAUGCAGAGGGCGACUACUUUGGGUAUGGAAACUCGGUUGGUUGCGCCAUUUGGAACCAAGGUCUUGGUCAGAAGAAGAGAGUAUGGCGGGACCGCAGAGCCGGGGAAACCUGA